AGACGGGAAAACGUAUUUGUUUGCAUUUUUAAGUAACUUGAUGUUCAGUAUUUUCAAAAAGAGGGACAUAGAGUGGAUGUACUCUAUUGUGCUGCAGCUACGUCGCUAAUGACAUCCCUAGAGUGAAGCAUGGUGGUGGCAGCAUCAUGUAAUGAAAACAUGGAGGUGGCAGCAUCGUGUAAUAGUAGCAUGGAGGUGGCAGCAUCAUGUCAUGGAAGCAUGGAGGUGGCAGCAUCAUGUAAUGAAAACAUGGAGGUGGCAGCAUCGUGUAAUAGUAGCAUGGAGGUGGCAGCAUCAUGUCAUGGAAGCAUGGAGGUGGCAGCAUCAUGUCAUGGAAGCAUGGAGGUGGCAGCAUCAUGUAACGAAAGCAUGGAGGUGGCAGCAUCAUGUCAUGAAAGCAUGAAGGUGGCAGCAUCAUGUCAUGAAAGCAUGGAGGUGGCAGCAUCAUGUCAUGGAAGCAUGGAGGGGGCAGCAUCAUGUCAUGGAAGCAUGGAGGUGGCAGCAUCAUGUAACGAAAGCAUGGAGGUGGCAGCAUCAUGUCAUGAAAGCAUGAAGGUGGCAGCAUCAUGUCAUGAAAGCAUGAAGGUGGCAGCAUCAUGUCAUGGAAGCAUGGAGGUGGCAGUAUCAUGUAAUGGAAGCAUGGAGGUGGCAGCAUCAUGUCAUGAAAGCAUGAAGGUGUCAGCAUCAUGUCAUGAAAGCAUGGAGGUGGCAGCAUCAUGUAAUGGAAGCAUGGAGGUGGCGGCAUCAUGUCAUGGAAGCAUGGAGGUGGCAGUAUCAUGUAAUGGAAGCAUGGAGGUGGCAGUAUCAUGUAACGAAAGCAUGGAGGUGGCAGCAUCAUGUCAUGAAAGCAUGAAGGUGGCAGCAUCAUGUCAUGAAAGCAUGAAGGUGGCAGCAUCAUGUAAUGGAAGCAUGGAGGUGGCGGCAUCAUGUCAUGGAAGCAUGGAGGUGGCAGUAUCAUGUAAUGGAAGCAUGGAGGUGGCAGUAUCAUGUAAUGAAAGCAUGGAGGUGGCAGCAUCAUGUCAUGAAAGCAUGGAGGUGGCAGCAUCAUGUUCACCAGUUCCUUCCUGAUCAGUAAAGACUCACCAUGUUAGUGUACGUCCGGUGAGCUUUGACAGCUUUA